UGAUAAGCCACCGUUUUAGACUGCUCCUAAAACAGAUGAUGCGUCUUAACUAAGCCACAUCUUUCCUCAAAAACCCUAGAUCUCUCUCUCCUCUCUCUCUCUCGUUUUCUUACCUUUAAGGAAGCUUCCCUUAAUCUAUACAUCACUUACACUUCCUUUUAUCUACUCAGCUUCACCCUGAAGUCGUGAUUACUCGUCCAGAUCUAUACACUUCCUUCACAUUUCAUGGUCACUCUUUUUUUCUAAUUUCGUUUUAAUUUUUGUUGUUGUUAUCAUCCGAAAAUUAAUCUACUUUCUUCAUGGGUUUUGUUUGAAUUACAUUAAAUUCAUCUCAUCUUCUCACAUUACUAACCAAUUCUGCUUCUUUAGAUCUGCUAAAACUCAGAAACCCUAAAAAACUUUCCUUUAAUGGCAAUGCCACCGGGAAACGUUGCUCCUCCCUCUGAUAAACUCCAGUUUCCACCCCCUAUCGCCGGAAGCUGGAUCCCCGACGAGAGAGACGUGUAUAUCUCGUGGCUGCGCGGGGAGUUGGCGGCGGCUAACGAGAUCAUUGACAGGCUCUGCCAUCAUCUACAAGCGAUCGGGGAUCAGAACCAAUACGACGCCGCAAUCUCAGCCAUCAAGAAUCGUCAAUCGAAUUGGUCUCAGGCUAUCUAUAUGCAGCCUUAUUACACGAUCGGUGAUGUUCACAACGCUCUUCAGCACGCUGCUUGGGUGUGGAAACUGAAAACAACGCCUCAACAGCAGCAGCAGCAACAACCUCAAAGGUCUUAUUACAAUGGUGCUGAUCAGAGUUUGAAGUUUGGUGGGAAGAGAUCAGGUUAUGGAUUUAACAAGCAGUAUGGUGGUUAUAAAGGAGCUGAAUCAGUGGCGAGAAACGGGCAUCACUCGAGUUCGGAGAAGAUAUUGUCUGUUGAUGAGGAGAAGAGAGAUGGUAGUGAGAAAGCAAAGAGUGAUCAUAAAGAUCUGGAAGAAUCUGUGUCUGCUGGUGCAGAAGAAACUCAAGGGGAGAUAGUGAACUCUGUUUCUAAAGAUAAUGAGCUCAAUUCUGGAGUAAAGCAGGAGGAGAAAGAUAAAGAGUGUACUGCAAGCAUGGCAAAGACUUUUGUUGUGGAAGAGAUGUAUGAAGCAAAAGUGGUUAAUGUUGUGGAAGGACUGAAGCUAUAUGAGAAUAUGGUUGAGGCAAAGGAAGUUUCUCAACUCGUUUCUAUUGUAAACAAUCUGAGAAAUUCCGGAAGAAGAGGUCAACUUCAAAGUGAGGCAUAUGUGGGUUAUAAACGUCCAAAUAGAGGACGUGGACGUGAGAUGAUCCAACUCGGUCUCCCCAUAGCUGAUACAAUGCCUGAUGAUGAGAGCAUCAAAGGUCGAAAAAUAGAGCCAAUCCCGUCGUUCCUUUCAGACAUCAUUGAACGUUUUGUCUCAAAACAAAUCAUACCUGUGAAACCAGACGCAUGCAUCAUCGACUUCUUCAACGAGGGAGAUCACUCACAGCCUCAUAUGUUAGCUCCAUGGUUUGGAAGACCAGUUGGGAUCUUGUCCUUGUCGGAAUGUGAUGUCACAUUUGGAAGAGUCAUUGUAUCUGAUCAUCCAGGCGACUACAAGGGCUCUCUCAAGCUUUCUCUCACUUCCGGAUCGGUUCUUCUGGUGGAAGGCAAAUCCGCAGAUCUCGCAAAGUUUGCAAUCCACUCAACCCCAAAGCAGAGGAUUCUCAUCACAUUCACCAAAUCUCAGCCGAGAAACUCCUUAACCGGAUCUAACUGGCCUCCACCGCCUAGCAGAUCUCCACCGAACCAACAACACAACCGUCACCCAACCGUCCCACCUAAACAUUACCCUGUUAUCCCCACCACAGGUGUCUUCCCACCAAACGGAGCUGCUAAGCCAAUUUUCAUAGCUCCUUCUCCUCCGCUUACUCCUCCAAUGCCUUUCCCUGGUGGUGUCCUACCUGGGCCACCGGUCUGGCCUCAUCCACGACACCAGCCGCCACCACAGCCCAGGCUGCCUAUCCCUGGCACCGGUGUGUUCCUCCCACCCGGUUCAGCUCAAGAAAAGGCUUUACAAGGCUCCACAGAGAAAUCCAACGGAAGCAACUCUGUAGAAGGAAAGCUGGAAAUGAAGACUAAAGUAGAAGCUGUUAGCAGAAUCGCUGCAGCGGAAGGCGAUGGCAAUAGUGGUAGUGGUGUGAGUAAACAGAGCAAUUAAAAGAGAAGAUAUAGAGAGAAACAAGUCGGGAGAUGGAAAUCUUGAAACUGCAGUUUUUUAAAAAAAACUAUAAAAAGAGCUGCGAGUUUUAUGAAACCUUUUGCCACUUCAGACAUUGUUAUUAGGAGAUAGGAGCAAAAUGUACCCGUUUUGGUGUUUUCUACUCUCUAGAAUCAUUUUAUUUAUCCAUAUUUCCACUAAUAUUAUAAUUAUCUCCCUCGUUCCUUUACUCUUUCAUCUAAAAUGUACUCCAUAUGUUUUAAAAUAUAAAAAAAU